AUGGCGCUCGUAGACAAGGGCUCUUCCUACUUCUCAGAGGAUAUGGCUUUUGCUGCAUUUGAGGGUGCCUCGCACACCAUGAAACAGGGAAUUCCUUCUCCGGCAGACGAGGACUGUGACCUAGUCACAACGGCUCAACUUAAGGCGAUGUUGGCUGGACUCCAUGAGAACAUAGUGGGUGACCUGGCCACCUUUAAGAAAGCCAUUGAACGCACGGCCAUUAAACUGGUCCAACCUGAAGCCACCCAUAGCACUCACGAAAGCCAGCUUACAGCAGUAGAGAAAAGUCUGGCUGCCCUGAACCAACACCAACUAAGGACUGAAAGCAGGAUCGAUGCCCUGGAAGAUCAGCGGCGCAGGUAUAACCUGAAGCUUAGGGGGGUAUAG